AUGAAGGGGCUCAAGAAAUCUUUCCUUAACAGGAAGAGUUCUCAAGAUUCUUCCUCAUCAAAGUCUAAAGAUCAAAAAUCUACCUCUACUUCACAAGUAGCUCCUCCACCACCACCACCAAACACAGCAAAGCCACUUCCUCAACCUGUUUCAAGUGGUCUGCCAGGCGCAUCGGUUAACAACUCUAGUAAUCACUCUCUCACUUCACAAGGUUCCUCUUCCUCAGGCCGUCCAGCUUCUGCUACUUCAAUCACUCCUUCUCCACCAGAUCGCAGGUACCCUUCCACAGGGAAUCCAUCCCCCAUUCCUCCAAUUGUCGUCGUUAGCUCAGACCCAUCAUCUGAACUAGCACCCCGCUCAGGUCCAUAUAGUUCUCCAGAACGUAGCACAAUUGGUCUAGAUGGCACUUCCACUCCUCCGCGCGCAAACACACUCAACCGUCUACGUUCUGGUCCGCGCGAUACAAUCCCUAUCGUCGGAAAACCUCCACGCAAGCAGCGUAGCAGUCGCUUCGUUGUCACUGAAAAGGUUGACAUCGAAAAAUUGCCCCCUUUCUCAGAUAUUCCCAUUAACGAGCGUUCUCUCUUAUUUAUCAAGAAGCUCAAUCAGUGCCGCGUCUUAUUUGACUUCAAUGACGCGAGUGCAGAGCUUAAAGGUAAACAAAUCAAGGCACAGACGUUACACGAAAUGCUCGAGUAUAUCACAACUCAAAGGAAUGUUAUCACUGAAAACAUAUACCCCGAGGUCGUCAACAUGUUUGCUGUCAACCUCUUCCGAUCAAUACCCCCGCCUGUUAACCCAACCGGUGAUGCUUUUGACCCCGAAGAAGAUGAGCCUGUCUUGGAACUCGCCUGGCCUCAUCUCCAGAUUGUGUACGAAUUUUUUCUUCGCUUCGUCGAGAGCCCAGAUUUCAACACCAAUCUUGCCAAACGAUACAUUGACCAACCUUUCGUGCUAAAUCUCCUCGAACUCUUUGACUCUGAAGACCCCCGCGAGCGCGACUUUCUCAAGACUACCCUACACCGCAUUUACGGUAAAUUCCUCAACCUUCGGGCCUUUAUCCGUCGGUCGAUAAACAACGUCUUUUAUCAUUUCAUUUACGAAUCGGAGAGACAUAAUGGGAUCGCAGAGCUCCUUGAAAUAUUGGGCUCAAUCAUCAACGGUUUUGCCCUACCUCUAAAGGACGAGCACAAGACAUUCUUAACCCGCGUGCUCCUUCCCCUACAUAAAGUCAAGAGUCUUUCGCUUUAUCACCCCCAACUUGCAUACUGUGUCGUGCAGUUCCUAGAGAAAGAUCCAGCCCUGGCGGAGGAGGUUAUGCUCGGACUGCUCAAAUACUGGCCCAAGGUCAACUCCCCAAAAGAGGUCAUGUUCCUGAAUGAAGUCGAAGAAGUACUUGAUGUCACCGAUCCCUUGGAGUUCCAGAAGAUCCAGGUUCCACUAUUCCAGCAACUUGCCCGAUGUAUCAACAGCCAACACUUCCAGGUCGCUGAGCGAGCCUUGCUAUACUGGAACAACGAAUACGUAGUCAAUCUCAUGAGCGAUAAUCUAGCUGUUCUCCUCCCAAUCGUCUUUCCUGCGUUGUAUACAAAUUCCAAGAGCCACUGGAACCGGACUAUUCAUGGGAUGGUGUAUAAUGCACUAAAGUUGUUUAUGGAGAUCAACCCAGAGUUGUUUGACGACACGAUGCAACACUACAGGCAACGGAAGAUUGAGGAACAACAACAUGCUGUUGAGCGAUAUGAGCAAUGGCAGAAAGUCCGCGAGAAGGCAAUACAGAAUGCUGGCGGGAAGUUGCCUCCAGGAUUUCAAGAGGUCGAACGUUUACCCCCACCGCCUCCAUCUCCUAAUGAUGAUUCGGAUAUUCUGGACUUGUCGAUGGAGCUGAAUGCAGUAUCACUUGAUGGUGAUAUUCCGGGUGACUUGGACGAAUCGGGUAUCGAACGAGUGCCCAUGGCUGACCCUGGGUUGGAUCGUGAGUUUCCCCAAGUCGGAGGUGAUCAUUCACCUGUUUCUCAGAGUCCUCAUGUACGACGAAAGAGCGUUCUUCCCGUGGAUCCGACUGUAAUUCGCGACCUACAAGCUCAUCGGAGCUUGGAUGAUACUCUUGGAAUCGGGGGGCAUCAUACAAAUGGGGCAUAA